CUUGCAACUUGUUUGGGUCUAUAAAUAGUUAUAGUAAAUAAGGAUCGUAAUUCAUUUUUUUUUUUUAUAUAAAAAAAACUUCUUAUCCUUUUAUUUAAUCAUUGUAAUUAUUAUUGUCAUAUAUCGGGGGAUAUUUUUUAUGGAGAGAAAAAGUUGCUGAAGAAGAGAAAUUUUCUUUCUCGUAUUGUACUGUAUAUUAUAAUAAAUAAAUAUAUAAAAAGUAUUUUAAUUAAUUAAUUUUUAUUAAAAAAAAAAAAUGGAGAAUAAUGCUAAACCCGCUGGCGGUGCACAGAUUUGGAGGAAAGAACUUUAUUCUAUAUUAGGGGCUUUCUCAUUUCUUUACCUCUCUAUAACAACUGUGUUUUUUUAUAUCCGAAGAAGAAGAAUUGCUGAUAUUCGAUAUAGACCAUUACGUCUAAACAUUUUAAAUGUAAUAGCUUCGAUUACGCUGUGCGUGAUGGCUUGUUUAAGAACUGCUUUCUACCCAAAUUUUCCUUGUGCAUUAGUUAAUUGGCCCGCAUAUAUUGGUUUCUUCUUGUAUUGUAGUUCUGUAACUUGUAGAGUUAUAUCAUUUACUUGGAUAGCAAAAUAUAAUUUAGCAAAAUUGAGAUUAAGCAUCGCUUAUACUCCUUCAUUAAAUCUUAGUAAUCUUAGUAAUAAUAGUAUUAAUAAUAAUUUUAAUAAUAACUCGCCAAUAUCUCCGGGAAUAAAAGAGAGAUUAGAAAAGGAUUUUCCUGGAGUUAAAUUAAUGAAUAGAUUAAAAAUGUUUAAACAUUUUACAACUGAUAAAUGGUUAACGUACUGGAUUAUAUUUCCCACGAUGCUUAUGGCUUUAAUUUUUGCUCUCGUGGAACAAUUAACUUCUCCUAAUCUUUCAAUAAUACCAUUAAGCACUAAUUGUACUCCUGCUGGAAUUGAAUAUAUUCCAUUACAUAUACUGAAUGGAACAUUUCUUAUACUUAUAAUUCCUUUUCUUAUCUGUUUAAUAUAUAAUAUAAAAGAUGCUUAUGGCCUUAGAAAUGAAUUAAUGUUUAAUUUAGUCAGUGGCGCGAUCGCAUAUAUUGGAUAUUUCAUGAUUGAAUUAGUAUUUCCACGAUGGAAAAAUUAUUUUGGUAGUCUUAUGCUUGCUUGGGUGACAUUUAUUAUAUGUCACACGGUAUCCAUCACAAUACCAUUAAUUCAAUCAUUUAAUAAUAAAGUGUAUUCCCUACCAAACUCAAUAAAAUCAUCUAAACGUGCAAUAAAAAGAAGCCUCUCUACAACAAAAAGGAAUAAUCAAAACAAUCAAAAUAAUAUUGUUAUUGGAGAUGGUAAAUCUAAACGUUAUUUAAUGUUUGAAAAGGUUCUAGAAGAUUCUGAAUUAUUUGAACGUUAUAAAGUAUGUGCCGCUGCAUGUUUCUGCGCAGAACUUGUAAUUUUCUUACAAGAAUAUCAAUACUUGAAAAUAUUGGUUGCUCAUAGUUGCACUCCAUCAAAUAAAGAAGUUCUUCCUCCUCCAUCACCUGUACUUCACAUAACAGAAACUGGUCAUGUUACAUUUCCUAAUAAUUCAGAUUUAUUAAAUACUUCAACUGCGACAUUAGUAUCACCAACAUUUGUAACUACUCCUUGUACUAAAUCAAUAGCUGAAACUGUAACAGCUGCUUCUUGGAUACCUAUGCCAUUUGAAUUACGUACUGAUUAUAGUACUUUUUAUGAAACAUUUUUUGAUUCAAAUUCUGAUUUAGCCAUUAAUUUUCCUGGUUGUUUAUUAAGUGAUAUUAAAGAGAUGGUUAAAGAUGAAAAAUAUGAAUUAACAAUGUAUGAAGAAGCUAGGGAAGAAGUAUUAAAUUUAUUAUAUAGAAAUACUUUUGAAAGAUUUUUGAAAAUGUAUGGAAUAGAAAUCGAAAAAAAAGGAAUAUAUAAUAAAGGAUAAUUUUAGUUAGAAAAAAAUGUUUAAAGUUAGAUGUUAGAUUUCUUUAAGCGAAGGAAAAAAACAUUGUAUUAUUAACCAUUGUAUUAUUAGUUUAUUACUUUAUUUUUUUGUAUUUAUAAUAAUAUAUAUAUAUGUAUUUUAGAAGAUUCAUUAAGCAGUAUUUUAUAAUAUAACCCUUCAAAUAAUAAGUAAAUAUCUUAGCAGAAACCAAAUUUUCAAAAAUUUUUUUUCCAAUUAAAAAGCGGU